AUGAUCACAACUCCAAAUGCCAAGUCGCUGAAGGAGCAGCCAGCAGAGACGGAGGGUGAGGCUGACAUGGACGAGGAGGGCAAGAAAAAGAAGAAGAAAAAGAAGAAGGAGAAGGAGCAGAAGACAAAAGACGAUGACGACGACGGCGAGGGGCAGAAGGAGGUCAUCGUGACAUCUGUCUCGCGAGCGAUCUACAUUCCUGGUGAGGGUGUGAGCCCGAGCCAAAUUGCCAGGGAUGACUCGGAGCGGCGGAUCAUCUUCACCGGCACCGGGAAGUAUACCGGCGGUCUCUGGGAGUGCUCCCUCUUCGGUAUCCAGGUGCCGCUGUCCGAGCGGAUAUCCACUCAGCUGUCCUGCAUGCUGCGGUCAAAGCUGCCCAAGAACAUUAAUGUGACUCACCUGUCUCUUUCUCCAGCCGGCAACUGGAUCAUCGUGGGUUUUGCUGAUGGGCGUGUCUGGCUGGUGCCACGCAUGUCUGGCUGCUUCCUCUGCGCCAACGUCUCUGACGGCAUCAGCGGCGCAGUGAACUCCGUUCAGAUGAAUGACGACGAGUCCAUGAUGGUCGUGGCGGCAGGGGAUGGCUCGUUGGUGACGCUGCUGGUCAGCGAGGAGCUUAUCAACGUGGCGCACCUCAAAGCAGAAGGAGCUGAGGUGAACAUGGAGGAAGCAGGCGACCAACUCCAGCAGUCCAUUCCAGAGCUGCCCGAGACCUCCAUGGAAGGCUGGAGCCUACCACCGAAGGAAGCUCCAGGUGUGGUGGCCAUCAACCCGGACAUCACGGAUCCGGAGCAGUACUCCAUCCAGGACGCCAAGCUCAAGGCCGAGGAGGAUAGCGCCAAGGCCGCCGUUGAGCUGAAGAAGCUUCGCGUACGCGAGCGCAUCAGCGAGAUCCGAGAGGAGCUCGUUGAUCUUCAGGUCAAGAACAGCCAGCUGGUGGAAGCCCAGCUGGUGGGCGCCGACAUGGUGGUCGAUCAAGAGUACAUCAACCACUUGAGAGAGGACAUGGAGAAUCAGAUUGAACAGGUGCGCUUUGAGCUCGCCUGGUCGGUGGAGUUCCACGAGCGUGGGCUGCAGAAGCUCAAGGACUACUAUCUGAAGAGGGUGGACUUUGAGCGAGUGGAGGUCCUGGGCUUUCAGUCGCCCCACCGUGUGUCCACCUUUCGCUGUGCGACGAUGUCCGACGAGUUGCAGACCAACCUCGCGAGGCUCCACGAGCUCAUCUUCGCUGCAGAGGGCGAGGUGGACCUCGAGGAGGAAGACGAUGAGAAUGAGGGCAUGGGCUAUGAAGGUGCCAAGACCGAGUUCGGCUUCGAUGUCACAGACAUGUCAGGUUCGCAGAACGCCGAGCGCACGCUGUCAGGCGCCGAGCAGCGGGAGCUCCGACGCCAGCAAAGGUUGCAGCGCAAGGCGCAGAUCCAGGAGCUGGAGCGUGCCAAGCCAAACGAGCAGUACGAGGCCCCUGAGGACGUUGAAGCCAUCGCAAACGCAGAGGCGACUCUGGGCAACUACAUGCUGAAGACCAGCGAGGACUAUCAGGCUGGCGAGUUGUUUCUGGUAGAAUUUCAGACCUACGGUGUGCCGGAGAACCAGCGCAUGAAUGCCGAGAAAAAGCGGCGCCAGAUGUUCUUGCUCGAGGAGUCCAUCCAUGCAAUCAAGACUGAGUUCAAUCAGAGGGUACUGGCCUUGCGCGAUUUCCGCCAACAGGUCCGCGCCGAGGUGGAGAGGGACCUCAUGGCAUUGGCGGAGAUCGACGAGCAGCUAGGCACGAAAACGGACUGGGUCGCCGGCAUCGUGGACAACCCACCAGGUGCGCCGCCGGAGUACCCGGAGAAGCGCUUCGAGUUCAGCGACACUGACAUCCAGGCCUUUGCCAGCCAUUUGAGGGGCGAGAAGCCCGAGGAGGCUGCUGCUCCGGCUGCGGAGGAGGCCGAGGACUUCCAAGAAGAGGAGGAGGCAGAGGAGGAGGUCUACGCAGAGAUCGAGGAGGAGGAAGGUGAAGAUGAGGAGGGCGGGGCCACGGAGGCGGACACCGAAGGCGGAGCCCCAAGGCGCGCAUCGCUUCUCGAGGACAAGUCUGGGAAGCGGGACGCCCUGUCCGAGGCCGUUGCCACCGAGUCUCAAGCGAGGCUUCGACACGACAAGGGCCAGCUCGAAGAGCACGUGCGGCAGGUCAUUGACACCUUCAACAUGGCCGUCGCCUCCAUUGAAAAGGAGAAGGCCAAGCUGGAAAGCGAUCUCAAGAACGCGGACAUGAAGCUCUUGGUGCUCUAUGAGGUCUUCCGCCGAGUCAUCUGUUGCUUGGCGUGUCUUGCUUGCCGGGAUGAUAGGCAGUUUACGCAUAAGCUAGUGCCUAUCUGCAGAGCCAUCAUGAUGCGCCGCUGCCUGGUUCGAAGAUUGGAUGGGUCCAUUUUGCGGGAAUUCGACGCACCAGUUGACACACCGUGGGCUUCAUGUCUCUCGGCCUUCUUUGCGUCUGAAGAACUGCGAAUCUUGCAUCAUGGUGAGGUGGUCUUUCCCAGCGGUGCAUCGGUUCCCCGCGGGCCAGGGACAUUGGAUUUGACCAUCGUGCGGUUAGUGGACUCUCGAUGCGUGCGGCUUGUCGUGGCGUGCCAUAUUGGAGAUGCUUCCAGGAUGCAGUGGUUCCGGCUCCGCAAGCAAGAUGUUCUGCUGCACGAAAUCUCCGACUUGGGCCUCGACCCGGAAACGUGCAAAAUCGGUCAGAUGCUAUCUGCCUUCACAAGACAGAGCCACAGGGGGAGGCUUGAGUCUGCCAUGGUCGGAUGGCUGCUCACGGCCACGGCUCCGGGACCCGUGCGGCGACGGAAGCUACGGGAUUUCCUGACCCCUGAUGGUAGCUUCGCGCUGCCCUUGGUGAUCACACGCAGCGAAGUCUGCCUCAGGCAGCGGGAUUUUGAGCACCACGGUUAUGUCAGCGUCACGGUCAAUGAAGAUGCAGGUGACUAUCGCAUCGACGACCCGUCCUCUGUGGCUGCUUUUAAUGAGCUGCUAGCCUUGACCUGGGAAGGCGAAUCCAAGCAACAAACUUUCCAGGAGCUGUUGACUCUGAACGACUUGGAAGAAAAAGACGAGGCGCUGUUGAAGAAAGCAACGAAGUGUCGGCAAGACAAGACCAGCAUCAUGCUCCAGAUCAAAGAAUGUCAAGACCAGCUGAGCGAAAAGAAGGCCGAAAUCGAAGAAUGGCACACGCAGGAGCAGAACCUUCAGGCAGAAUUCACAGACCUGGUGGGCGAGAAUUCGCCCUUCCUGAGUGCGUUGCUGAAAGUCUACAAGAAGAAGGUGAAAAGAUCCAAGCGGAAGAAGGGCAUGGGUGAAGAAGAAGAUAUGGAUGAGGAUGAGGAGGACGAGGAUGAUGAGGGAAGCGACAUAGAAAGCGACGAGGAUGAGGACAUGGAGGAUGAUGAUGUCGGCCCGCCACAGGGAUGCGACCACCAGAUUUACGAGAGUGUCAUCGACCUGCGCGACAAGCGCCUCGAGAUGGAAGACGCCCUCCAGGAGAUUCAAAAGGCCGUGGAGGGGCUCAAGAACACUCACAAGCGACUCGGUGACGACGAGCAGCGGAUCGACAAGGAGCAGAGGCGGACAGAUGCGGAGAUUCAGCAAUUCCAGACGGACAAGCAGCGCAAGCUGAACCAGGUGCCCAUCGUGUUCGCCUUGCGACUGUCGCAGGUUCAGUGCCUAUCAUCUGCAGACCAGCAGGAGCGUCUCCCCGCCGAGCUAGGUCAGCAGGUGAUCUUCACAAAUGAGGGCCUGGACCGCCUGAUGACUCGCAUCACGGAGCUCCACCAGGAGAUCAAGGAGGUCAAAGCAAGGCACAAGCAGCUUCAGCGUGACUUCCGCGUUCGCAAGAAAGACAAGAGCGUGGCGUUGCAGCACAUCCAGGAUCUCCAUGCAAAGUUCCAGGACAUCCAGAUGCUCAAGUUCGGGCAGAUUGUCGAUUUGGAUCUCAUCGAGCGCAGCGCUCCGGGUAAGUUACUUCAGGAGCUCCAGCAGAGUGUGCUGCAGGCCGAGGCGGAGCACCGGCGCCGCAUUGCCGACUGGGAGAAGAGGAUAGAGAAGCAGAAGAAGGAGCUGACGAAGAUCACGUGCGACAAUACGUCGCUCAUGGAACAGAUUGUCAGCAUGGGCUACUCGCAGAUGCAGCUGGACGCAGCGCUAAAUGCGAGAAUAGCAAAUGUCACGGUGAACGACAAUGAGCCGUUGAAUGAACUUCGACGUAUGGAGCGCGAAAGAUGCAAAGAUCUUCUUGCGCUGCAGACGAAAGAGAUAGCGACUUUGCAGGCAGAGAUCAACCUCUUCCGAAAAAAGGGCGGGCACAUUUACACUACCGCCGGAGCCCUGGAACCCACGCAUCUGACCUUCAUGGCCAGUGCGAGAACGAGAAUGUUUCACCUUGAAUCUUUGCUGCUUGUCCCGAAGAGCGUCAAGCGCUACAGGGGACGAGCUGCGGUAGUUGUGACGUGGGGCACGUGUGAGUCCGUAAAGCUGAGCGCGGCUCUUAUCCAGUGCAGAUCGGACGUGCAAGGUGCAGGAAACAAGUCAAACGAGCGUGUGUUUCGAGACCUGAAGAUCGAUGAUGGCUUCUUCUCGCAGAUGCUGCUUCCGAUGGCGGAGGCGGAAGGUGACUUCGAUGUCUACCUGAUGGAGAAGGGCGUGAUGCCUCUUCUGCUCCAGGGGCUCGAUGCCCUCAGCAAGCAUGUGGACAAGGUCGCCCAAGGCACCACCAUGGGCAGCAGCAAGCAGAAGUUCAAUCCAUUGGUCUGGCUGGCGCAAUACCUUCUUCGGAAUCAUCCUGGCCGCAUCCACGACCAUCGCACCGGGACGUACGAGAAGAUCCGAGAGCUCGCCGAGGUGGAGCGCGGCCGGCGGAAUCUCCUCCGAAAACAGGAGGAGUUCGAAACGGCCUGGACGGUUCUCGCAGAGGACCACGAGCACAUGCCCAUGGCGCAGACCCCGCGAGUGAUCGAGAAACUCGACGCUGCCUGGAAGCUUGAGGGUGAGUUCGUCAGGCGCACGCAGCUGCCGGACUUCAAGGUUGAAGACCCAGAGAAGGUGACGUUCUCGGAGUUUUGGGAAAGCUUCGAGGCUCUUGUCAAGAAGAACGACUUUCUUCGCAUGUCGGUGUUCGAAGAUGCAGAGCGACGUCAGACUCGUGCCGCUAACGAGGCACAGCUCGCGAAGUACGAGCAGCAGCAGCGUGAAGCGGCUGUGGAGGAGGAAUUGCGGCAGCGGCGGCUUCUACAGGAUCGUUUCGAGACGAUAUGUGCCGAUGUUUACAUCAACAGCGAGCUUCUCCAGAUCAUGAGCAAGGGCGCAGCCCUGGCAGCUCCAAUGGAUCUCAAGGGCGAGCACAUUGUUCUGGUCCUGCAGCUUUUGCGCGCCUGGGGUUAUCCAGUGCUCAAUGACGACGGCGAUCUUGUCGACCAGGAUCAUUGGGAUGCCCGGGCGCGCGAGGCAUGCCAACGGUGGCGCCUGAACCACGGGCCCCCGUCAAAACAUCCAGAGAUUCUGGACUCCGAGGGGCUGAAGGCGGUUCACGGGGUUCUUUGUGUUUCCAUGAGGUAG